AUGGCAGCUAGGGACCGCUUCGGGGUCUACGCUGACCCGGGCUCUUCCCCGUUGCAGCGGGCAAUUCGACGAGCCUGCGAUCCUCAAAACUACGAGCCGAACUUGGCCCUGAACCUCGAAGUCGUGGACUUAAUAAAUUCCAAGAAAGGCAAUGCGCCCCGAGAGUCGGCAUUUGAAAUCGUUCAUCUAAUCAAUUCGCGGAACCAAAAUGUCGCAUUAUUGGCCUUGGCGCUACUCGACAUCGCGGUCAAGAACUGCGGCUAUCCCUUCCAUCUCCAGAUCGCCACAAAGGAAUUCCUGAAUGAAUUGGUCCGCAGGUUCCCGGAGCGGCCGCCCAUUCGGCCCUCCAGGGUGCAGCACCGCAUCUUGGAGUCGAUCGAGGAGUGGCGGCAGACGAUCUGCCAGACAUCGCGCUAUAAGGAGGAUCUAGGUUUUAUUCGGGACAUGCACCGUCUCUUGCUCUACAAGGGUUAUAUGUUCCCUGAAGUCCGCCGAGAAGAUGCCGCGGUAUUGAAUCCGAGUGAUAACCUCCGCUCUGCCGAUGAGAUGGAGGAAGAAGAGAGGGAAGCACAGUCUGCUAAGCUCCAAGAAUUGAUUCGGAGAGGAACGCCAGCCGAUCUACAAGAAGCCAAUCGGCUCAUGAAGGUCAUGGCGGGAUACGAUAAUCGGCAUAAGACUGACUACCGGGCGAAAGCUGCGGAGGAGGUUGUUAAAGUGCAGCAAAAAGCCAAGAUUUUGGAGGAAAUGCUACAAAAUCAGCAGCCCGGGGAACCUGUCCCCGAGGGCGAUGUUUUCGAGGAACUUGCAGGUGCCUUGCAAAGCGCUCAUCCCAAGAUUCAAAAGAUGUGCGAAGAGGAAUCGGAUGAUCCCGAGGCCGUUCAUAAGCUACUGGAGAUUAAUGACAGCAUACAUCGCACCAUCGAGCGAUAUAAGCUAGUCAAAAAGGGCGACCUGGAUGCUGCAUCUCGGAUUCCGAAGGGAACACUGGGCACCUCCACCGGAGUUUCAACGAACGCAAACAACGAGCUCUCGUUGAUCGACUUCGAUCCGGAGCCCGAACCCAGCUCCAACGGCAACCAGACUGGACCAGCCCAGGGUGGCAGCUCGUUGGAAAAUGACCUGCUUGGUCUUUCAUUAGGUGACCAAGGAUCCUCUACUGGGGGUGGUAUCUCCCUUGGGUCAUCCAACAACUUCCCGUCCAUGUCAGCAAGCUCAACACCACCUGCUCCGUCACAGCCUCAACAACAGGCGUCGACAGCAUUCAAGCCUAAUUAUGAUAUCCUUGCUUCUUUGAACAAUUCGCGACCUGUCUCUCAAUCUCCCACACCCGUCAUGGGAGUCUCGCCUCAAGUCCAGGCUACAGCGAGCCCGCCGCCAGCGGCCGAUCCAUUUGCGUCUCUCGUCUCUGCCAGUCCACGGGCAACAUCUAGUCCUUUCCAACCACCGCAAGGUCAGCCCGCUCCCGCUUCGUCUUCAUUGCUUGACCUGGUCGGAGGCCCGGGUCCGUCUCCGCAACCGACGCGGCAGGCCGCAGCCGAAGACGAUGAAUGGGACUUUGCAUCCUCACUGCCAGCCGGCAAUGCACUGCCCUCGACCAACAAGAUUCAAGUCCUCAACUCCCAACUCCGCGUGGACUUUGCUGCACGUCGUUUGCCGACCCAGCCGCGCCAGAUCCAUGUCGUAGCUCACUUCUCAAAUACAACCAGCCAACCCAUUUCAGAGCUUCAUUUCCAGGUCGCUGUGGAGAAGGCUUACACACUCCAGCUUCGACCACAAUCAGGCCGAGACAUCGCACCUGAGCAGCAGAAUGGCGUCCAGCAAGAGAUGCUGAUGGACGGUAUUGACUCUGGGAAGGGCAACUCAGUCAAGAUCCGGUACAAGGUGUCUUACAAGCUCGGUGGUGAGGCACGCGAGCAUCAGGGCAUGGUGCCACCUCUCGGCAUCUCCUAA